AUGGCGGCGACAAGUAGCGAAGCCGUGCAGCAGGACGAUAGGCUGGGCAAGCUGCCCGACGACAUCCUUGUUUCCAUCCUAGAGCGUCUGGACGACCUACGAUUCGCCACGCAACACGGGGUUGCCACAGGCAGUGGAGAGCGUGCUGGCACACCAGACCGGCACAGCAUCGACCGCCUCGCCGUGCACUUCUUCUUGACGGACGACUCCGCCCGCAUCUUGCGCGCCGUCGACGACGCCGUGUCGAGCGGGAGGCGCCAGAUGUCCUUCCUGGCGCUCUCGAUGCUCGGGGAGAAGCCCGGCGUGCUCUGCGACGCGGGCGACAUGCUCAAGCACGCGGCGCGCCUCCUGCCGUCCCUCGCCGCGUACCCGGGCGCGUUCGCCGGCCUCGCCGACCUGCACCUGGAGAGCGUUAGGCUGGGCGAGUCCGAUGUCCCCAGCCUGCUGGGCGCCUGCGGCAAGCUGGAGCGCCUCGCUCUGCACAACUGCGACUCCGGCUUGCGGACGGUGCUGCGGCUGGAGCACCCGCGGCUCCGCGAGCUCGACGCCUUCUAUUGCGGCUGCGAGGCGGUCGAGCUGAGGUCGCUCCCGAGGCUUGAGCGCGUGACCUGCACCCUGUGGAUGCAGUCGAAGAAUCUACCCCCGCUUCUAUUCGGCAAGGUUCCAGGGCUCGAGGCCGUGACAUUCACUAACGCUGCCAUGCAUGGCAACAGGGCUCUCGGAUUUGGGGAGUUGGUUGGAGACGCUGCUGCGACGAUCCGUGAACUAGUGCUUAACUUCCUAAAUGGAAGGGUUUGGAUCCAACCUCAGGCGCUAUGCAGAAUUUGAGGCAUGCUAGCUUUCACAAUAUUAGAGAACAAUGCGACCUCACUUGGACAAUGCUCAUUUUGAAAUCUGC